CACUCCACGUCCCGACAUGAUAGACGAUAGAUAUCGAUAGAUAACGAGUGCGGGCGAUAACGCUCGUUGUAAAACAAAUAACAUCUUGUGCUGAACACAACAUGAGUGAAAACAAUGGUUUUGAUAGAGCAGAAACAGAAGAUGCCGCCACAGCGAGCACAAGACCAAAUCUGGUGAUCAGCGUGCAGCCACAUUCGCAAGACAGUAGUCGCGUGGAGCUGCCAGUGCUGACGCGGGACUGGCAGACCAACCUUCGGGGCCAGUUCAUCCCCGUCCACGGCCUGGACUUCCUCAUCGGCGCCACCAGCCUGCUCAUACAGCAGACGGUAGAACUUAACGACAUCGCGUCAAAAAUCGACUCGGAGAACCGCUACAUAAUCCGCGUGCCGAAUGGCGAGACUUUGUACAUCGGGAGCGAGGCGUCGUCGGCGCGGCAGCGCUGCCUGUGCGGCUCGGGGCGCGCCUUCGCUAUGCACCUCCACGACAACACCAGACAGGAGGCCCUAGUGCUGCACCGCCGCCUCGCCUCCGCCUCCUGCCUCUGCCCCUGUAGGCUGCAGGAGAUGAAGGUGGUGAUGCCGCCGGGCGAGUACGUGGGCCGCGUGGAGCAGCAGUGGACGUGGCUGGUGCCGCUGUACCUGGUGCGGGGCGCGGCGGACGAGGUGCUGUACCUCAUAGAGGGCCCGGCCAGGGUGCGCCGCAGCGCGCUGCAGCUCGCCGAGUUCAAGAUCCUAAGCGGGGACUCCCUUCGGGAGGUGGGCAAGAUCUCCCACGGCUGGGACCGCGAGCUGGUCAGCUUCACGACGCUGGUGGAGUUGCCCGACACGGCCGCGCUGCCCAAACACAAGGCGCUGGUGCUGGCUGCUGCCUUUCUAUUGGAGUACACGUACUUCGAGAAAUCGAAGAGGAGUUGCGGGCUCUGCUGCUGAAUUCACGGAAACUUAUUUAUUAGUUAUUACAUACCUUUUUAUACGAGUCGUUGACAAUAAAACAAAAUUAUUUGAAA